CAUCGGGGGGCGGGUCGAGCGCGCUCCCGCUCAGUCUGUCGCCGUCGGAGCCGCAGUGGCGAGAGGUCGGACGAUGAGUGCGGAGCAGGAGAAGCUAAGGCUGGUGCGCUGCAGCGUCAGGAGCUUCCCCGACUUCCCCAGGCGGGGUAUCCUAUUCCAGGAUAUCAGCCCCCUCUUGAAGGAUCCCAAAGCCUUCACUGCCGUUAUUGACCUGCUUGAAGAUCACUUGAGAAAGAAAUUUGCUCAGGUUGAAUUAAUUGUGGGUUUAGAUGCUCGUGGGUUUUUAUUUGGUCCUGCUCUGGCUCAAAGACUUGGAAUUGGCUUUGUACCAAUAAGAAAGAAAGGGAAACUUCCUGGUAAAAUUAUUUCCGCAUGCUAUCAGCUUGAAUAUGGAGAGGAUCAAAUUGAGAUACAAGCUGAUCACGUGCAACCACAGCAGAAAGUUGUCAUCAUUGAUGAUGUGCUUGCAACUGGAGGUACCAUGGCAGCUGCUUGCAAUCUGAUGGAGAAGUUGGAAGCUGAUCUUCUUGAAUGUUUAGUAGUAAUUGAAAUUAAGGAACUGAAAGGAUCAGAGAAACUGAAUCAUGUACCUUUCUAUUCACUGGUACAAUUUUAAAUAUAAGAACUGCCUACCUUAUUACAGAUGUAAUUCAUUCCUUGUCUUUAGAUCCUCUGACCAUCAGGGCCAGUGUAGUUGAGAAGUAGUGUUUUUUUUAAAUAAUUUGUUUUGUGAUUGAGACGGCAUAUAUCCUGAACUUGCUAAGAACUGUCUAAUUUAAACUUAAAAACUUCCUAAUUCAAAGUAAAUUUUAUUACCAAUAUAUGCCACCAUAUACAACCCAGAGAUUCAUUUUCUUAUGCAUACUCACCAAAUAUAUAGAAUAGUAACUAUAGCAGGAUAAGUAAAAGAUCAUCCAGAAUGCAGAAGUUGUGCAAAUAUAAAUAAAUAAUGAGAACAUGAAAUAACAAGAUAAAGUCUGCUUAAAGUGAGAUCGUUGCAUCAUCUAGUCUUGGUAAUUCCUACGCAUUCAUAUUUGAAAUCCCUGAAUCUUUUUUAAAGCAGGGCUGCACCGUGAAUCCUCAGAACUCAUGUUCAGUUACCUGAUCUCACUAUGGUUUUAUUUCUUAGAUACCAAACUGACCAUGAGAUUGUAUAUGAACCAUGUGGCAUUUUGAUCAAGUCUCACUGUGAAUUUUUUUAUAUAACCAUAAAUAGAGACAAUAAAGAUAACAUUAUAAAAGGUA